UUUACACUAAUAAUAGGUAAAUGAACCUUUAUUCCACAGGAAAUCACAAUUAAGAAGCCUUGAAGAUGAUAAAUCAGGCAAUAAGAUCUCAAGACUAGAAAAUAUAGAAGAUUGGAAUACAGAAAAAUGUGUUUGUUUUCCGCAAACGGCCACAGAAAGGCUAGUCUCGCAAUAUUUUACACCUAAUGAUGAACAAGAAAGACUGGUUGUUUACUUUUAUAAGAGUAAACUAUCUAACAAGUUAAAUGCUUAUAUACCAAAUUGGAAAAAGCAAACCCUAUUUCCAGAUUUGACAUUAAACCUAGGUGAUAAAUUUGAAUCAAUUGUACCCGAAGGAAUUAGUGAUCUAUUAAGCAGUGUGUUUUUUAAUAAAACUUUAGAAGAUGUAGAUGUUAUCCCAGAAAAUGAAGGUACUGAAAAUAUAAUCAAUGCACCAUAUUUUGAAAUAUUAAAUACUCCUUCAUCUGAUAACCAACACGAAAACGAUAAUUUGGCCUCGCCUACAUACUCUAACCCAAUCAUUUUAGUUCAUAAUUUUCUGAAUAAAACAAAUGUACCUAAUAACACUUAUGCAGAUCAACAAGAAUAUAAUAAUGAACCUUGGCAUGAAGAUUUUGAUCCAGUCAGUUCAGUGGAGGGCCCUCCAGAUGAAAUAAAAAUAAAUUCUAAUACAUACAAAAACAAACAAGAAAAUGAUAAUGAUGUUUUUCCUGCAGACUUUGAUCCAAUUACUUUAGUGCACAUUUUUCCAGAUAAAACAAAUGCACCUGUUAAUAGUUAUGCAAAUCAAAAAAAUAAUAAUAAUGAAGUUUGGUAUCAAGACUUUAAUCCAAGCUCUUUGGUAGAGCGCCCUCCAGACGAAAUAAAAAUACCGACUAAUACUUAUAAUAAUAAACAAGAAAUUGAUAACGAUGCUCUUCUUACCAACUUAGGUUCAACUACUUUAAUGCAUGUUCUUCCAGGCAAAAUAAAUCUACAUGAUAAAACUUAUGCAUAUAACCAAGAAAAUGAUACCUAUGCUUUUCUCUCAGAUUUUGAUCCAAUUACUUCAGUGCACAUUGUUCCUGAUAAAACGAAUGUACCUGAUAAAAUUUAUACAAAUCAACAAGAAAAUAAUAAUGAAGCAUGGCAUCAAGACUUUAAUCCAAGCUCUUUAGUGGAGCGCCCUCCAAACGAAAUAAAAAUACCUACUAAUACUUACAAAAAAAACCAAGAAAAUGGUAAUGAUGUUCUUCCUACCGACUUUGAUCCAAUUACUUUAGUGCAUAUUCUUCCAGAUGAAAUAAAUGUACCUGAUAAAUCUUAUGCAAAUAACCAAGACAGUGGUAUUGGUACUUCGGCCAAAGGCUUGAAUCUAAUCAAUUUGGCAAAGCAUACUCCAGAUGAAAUAACUAUAUUGGAUAAUCUUAAUAAACCUGGAGAAAAUGACAAAAACACACUGAUAACAUCACCUAAAGCUCUUCCCCAAUCACAUAACAACAAUCUAAACCAAAAUUUUAAUUUACCAUUUUGGCAACCAAAUCAUUCGACAAAAGGUACACUUAUUGAUACUAAUGGAUCAAAUAUGCCAAUAGAUGCAUUGCCCGGUUUGGGAGGACUAGUUAAAUAUAUACCUUUAAAAUCUCAAAAUCCUGGUGUAUUUGGUAUUAUGAGUCAAAGUAGACCCACUGAUUCAAAGUCCAUUGAAUAUUUGUCUAGCAAAUAUGAUCAUCCAAUAUUUAAUAGUUGGCUUAGUAAACAGAGGCUAAGCAUACUCUCAAAUAGACCUUUUAUGUCUAAUGCAAUUAAUUUUCAUUUACUAAGGAGACUUUUAAUUAAAGCUUUGUAUGAAAAUGGUAUUCACCUUUCCAGUGAUGGCGACUUACACGAUUCAAAUGGAAACAUUUUAACGUUGGCAAAUCUAGAACUACGUCCUAUUUUAUUGAGUGAUCCUCUGGUAUUUGAAAAGCUUAUAGCUAGUAAGAAAUGCGUAAUACCAUAUAAUAUCCCAUAUUUAGAAGCUAUUAUUGUGACUUUGGUUUAUCCACCAAGAAUUCUAGCAAUAAUACCUUUGGGCUUGAGAAAUGAUUUUAUUUCUUCAUCACAAGGCAGUAUAACUCCAAACUUGUGUAGACAACCAACAUGUCACGAAGCUAUCCGUUCAGGUUUGCCUGAGAAAGAAGAGUUAACAAAAGAAUUAAAUGAAAAACUUACUAAUGAAGAAAACAAUGAAUAUUUAUACGAAUCUAAAGAAAGGCUUGGGGAACCUACAGAAAAUUCAAACGACAGAAAAGCUAGGAAUAAUUAUCCCUAUAUGUCUGCUGAUAUUAAUGUACCAAUGCAAGUAAGAUCUACGACAGAAGUUGUUACGUUUCCGAAAGAUAACCAUACAGGUUAUUCUGAAAAUAUAAAGCCAACUAGCCAAAAGAGAGCCACGAAACACACGAGACACAAAAGAUCCGGCGAAUUAGUUAAAGAAAUAGAAUCUAUUUAUGCAAACGAUGCCAUUACUAAUCAUCCAAGGGACCAGCUAAAACAUGUAGGGCAAAUUAUAUUCUUCGGUGAAGGAAAGAAUUUGGAAAACAGAAAAUCUUUAGAAGAUUAUGACGUUUUACAGGAACCUGAACAAAAGCCUGAAGAAGAUGAUGAUGAAAUGUUGACGAUAAGGAUAGUCGGUGGAAACCCAGCUACUAGUAGUGGCACGCCAGUUAGCAGUAAGGGUAGAUCAGGGUGGGGUCCUUAAAAUCAGGAUGAUUAAAGAAAUAAAUUGUUCAAAAUUA